GACUGCCGUGGCGAAGCUUGUGUAGCUCUUGUCGCUCGCCCGCUCUCAGCCCUGUGGUCCCUCAUUGCUCCUGGAGCCUGAGCGUUCCCGAAUCCACCAUGCCGAGGGGCUUCCUGGUGAAGCGAACUAAACGGACAGGUGGCUCAUACCGAGUGCGCCUAGCUGAGCGGGUCUUCCCCUUGCUGAGACCCCAGGUGGCGCCGCCCUUCUCCCUGGAGGUUCCCAGUGUCUCCCUUCCCGGUGCGGAGCAGGCGGCGCCCCCCACCCAGGAGGAGCCCGGAAAGGGGCUGACGGCGGAGGCGGCCCAGAAACUGUCCGGGUCACCCUGUCGGGCGGCUGGGGUGAGCCUGGGAAUAGGCGGGCAGGAAGGCACAGAAUGGAGGGCUGAUGACAGGGAGGGUCCCAGACCCAGCCCCAGCCCCGCAAAGCCGGCGGGCACCGAACUCCGCCGGGCGUUCUUGGAACGCUGCCUCAGCUCUCCUGUCUCCGCUGAGUCUUUCCCCGGUGGUGCCGCCGCUGUGGCUACUUUCUCCUGCUCGGUGGCUCCAGCAACCGCACCGACCUCGGGGGAACAGUUUUUGUUGCCUCUCCGGGCACCAUUUCCCGAGCCCGCGCUCCAGCCGGACCCUGCGCCCCUCUCUGCCACCUUGCAGGGCCUGAAGCGAGCCUCUGGCAGCGAGCGCCGUGUCAAGGUAUCUCUAGGCUGUGCGCCUGGAGUCACGGCUGCGGGAAUCAAGAAGCCAAAGGCCAUGAGGAAGUUAAGCUUUGCCGAUGAGGUGACCACGUCCCCUGUUCUGGGCCUGAAGAUCAAGGAGGAGGAACCGGGACCACCUUCCAGGGGCUUGGGUGGCAGCCGCACACCUUUAGGAGAGUUCAUCUGCCAGUUGUGCAAGGAGCAGUACGCAGACCCCUUCGCGCUGGCUCAGCAUCGUUGCUCCCGCAUAGUGCGUGUUGAGUACCGCUGCCCCGAGUGCGAUAAGGUCUUCAGUUGCCCUGCGAACCUCGCCUCUCAUCGCCGCUGGCACAAGCCACGUCCUGCAGCAGCAAGCGCUGCCACAGUCUCCUCCGCCGACGGGAAACCACCUCCUUCAUUGUCUUCAUCUUGUCCGGACUCCGGGUCCCUUGCAUCUUUUCCGUCCGAAGGGAAAGAGAAUAGCAGGGCAGAGCGGACUGCGGAUCAGCACCCGCAGGUCAGGGACAGCUCCGGGGAGGAUCAGCACCAGGACAGUGCUUCGCACCAAGGCCUUCAGGUGCUUCCGCACCGGGAGUCACCAUUGCCACAGGUCUCCUACCGAGAGGGGGUGUUGGGGCACCAGGUGUCUGGGCCGGGCAGUGCCAGUAGUGGUGGGGGAUCUGAGAUCUUCAUAUGCCCAUAUUGCUACAAAAAGUUUCGUCGCCAAGCUUAUUUACGCAAGCACCUGGGAACUCACGAGGCAGGCUCAGCUCGUGCGCUAGCUCCCAGCUUUGGCCCCGAACGCAGGGCACCACUCUCCUUCGCUUGCCCGUUGUGUGGGGCUCACUUCCCAUCCGCAGAUAUCAGAGAGAAGCACCGGCUGUGGCACGCUGUCCGCGAGGAGCUGCUCCUGCCCGCUCUGGCGGGGGCUCCUGGUGAAGCACCAGGCCCCGGAGGUGCAUCUGAUGGAAGUGCUCAGCAAAUUUUUUCAUGCAAGCACUGCCCGUCCACUUUUUUUAGCUCUCCAGGGCUGACCCGGCAUAUCAAUAAGUGCCACCCCUCAGAAAGCCGGCAAGUAUUGCUGCUGCAGAUGCCACUGAGGCCGGGCUGCUGAGGGCCCAAGAGACCAGGAAGAUUUCAAGGCUGGCCUUGGGGAAAACAGAUCAUAGGAAUCGCUGUGGGGACUUUCUUCAACUUGCAAGUUUACUUUCUUUUCCAGGCUUUCCCUCCUAAAACUCUCCCAGUAGUCAAUGUUCUGCCAGGGGAGCAGACAGAAAAAUGUAAAAUCCUCCUCUAGAGCAGGUAUGUAUAAGGUAUAAAUAUUCAUAGUCAGACUGUCAGCUUUAAAUCUUCCUCACUAAAAUAGGAUUUCCCCCCUCAAAACUCUGGAGACCCUAACAAAUCCUAUAUGAUUUGUAAUUCCUAUGGAAAUUUGCAGUGAAUGCAUGCAUGUCUCAAUGUCUACAAAGGGUUCUGGCUACCAAACGUGGUGGUCACCAGUUUUUGUUUUUCCUCUUGCCAUCACAGGCACCUAUAUAGUUUCUGUCUCAAUAGGGUCAGAUAUCUUGCAUUGUAUAUUCUGUGAAUUAAAAAGUUAUGUGAUUGGUGCCAAACUUACAGGGGGGCAAAGAUUCAAGCACUAUGUCCAGGGCCAGGAAACAUAAGAGGAUGUUUGCUGCUUUGGGGGGAUAUGAAAAUCUCCCUUGUAACCUUUUGACAAGUAUAUGUACUAGUCUAUUUUUAGUUUUUGGAGGUGGUACUUUACUGGAAGGAGUUGAGACACUCUCCAAAUUCUUACCUUUAGCUAUUUUGUGUGCAGUGUUCAGGAAGAGUUGCUUUAAACCUUUCUUUACAUAGCUUUUCAGAAAUGUAGAACUUGUUUCCUGACAUUUGACUGUUUUAGUAAGAUUUCACCCAAAUUAUUUAAUGCUUCUGCUGUGUAUCUCAUACUGUAUAUAUGAAAUUUGUUCAGCUUAAGGAAGAUGUUAAUACCUGUAAUACAUUAUGAAACUGAAUGGCAAUUCACUCAAUAUUUAAUAUUUUCUUUUCAGCAGCAACUUUUCAAUUUCUUUUUGUAAAGCAUAUUCAGUGUACAUUCUGUACUCAUCCCCUAAUAGCUAGAGUUUGGGAUAUUGGCUGAGCAUUGCUUGACAGCUCAGAUUUGUAAGAUGCUUAUCACCAAAUAAAUGUACAUAGACUGUG